AUGCAGGGAUGGCUGGUGGCAGAAGUAGUAGGUCUUGAGACUGGUGGCCUUGUACCUAAAACCCCCGAGAGAUGCCAAUUUGCGGCGGAGAUAGUGUCAGCUCGGGUCCUUGCGUGGACAGAUUCCUCGUUUGGCACACCACCUGGGUACGGCUGUGCCGCAGACCAGGCCGAGGAGCAGCGCCGGCACCAGGAUGGGCUGCCCUACAUCGAUGAUUCGCCUUCCUCCUCUCCACACCUCAGCAGCAAAGGCAGAGGCAGCCGCGACGCUCUGGCCUCAGGAGCCCUGGAGCCCAGCAAAGCGAGUGAGCUGGAUUUGGAAAAGGGCUUGGAGAUGAGAAAGUGGGUUCUCUCGGGAAUCCUGGCCAGCGAGGAGACGUACCUGAGCCACCUGGAGGCUCUGCUAUUGCCCAUGAAGCCUCUGAAAGCCGCUGCCACCACCUCGCAGCCGGUGCUGACCAGCCAGCAGAUCGAGACCAUUUUCUUCAAAGUACCUGAGCUCUAUGAGAUCCACAAGGAGUUCUACGACGGGCUGUUCCCCCGCGUGCAGCAAUGGAGCCACCAACAGCGUGUGGGUGACCUCUUCCAGAAGCUGGCCAGCCAGCUGGGUGUGUACCGAGCCUUCGUGGAUAACUAUGGAGUGGCCAUGGAAACGGCAGAGAAGUGCUGUCAGGCCAACAGUCAGUUUGCAGAAAUAUCUGAGAACCUGAGAGCCAGGAGCAACAGAGAUGCCAAGGACUCCACCACCAAGAACUCUUUGGAAAAUCUGCUCUACAAGCCUGUGGACCGGGUGACAAGGAGCACACUAGUCCUGCACGACUUGCUAAAGCACACUCCGUCCAGCCAUCCUGACCAUUCCCUGCUACAGGACGCCCUCCGCAUCUCACAGAACUUCCUGUCCAGCAUCAAUGAGGAGAUCACACCCCGACGGCAGUCCAUGACCGUGAAGAAAGGAGAGCACCGGCAGCUGCUGAAGGACAGCUUCAUGGUGGAGCUGGUGGAGGGGGCCCGCAAGCUGCGCCACAUCUUCCUGUUCACCGACCUGCUCCUUUGCACCAAGCUGAAGAAGCAAAGUGGAGGCAAAACCCAGCAAUAUGACUGCAAAUGGUACAUUCCGCUCACGGACCUCAGCUUCCAGAUGGUGGAUGAACUGGAGGCUGUGCCCAACAUCCCUCUGGUGCCAGACGAGGAACUGGAUGCCCUGAAGAUCAAAAUCUCCCAGAUCAAGAGCGACAUCCAACGGGAGAAGAGAGCAAACAAGGGCAGCAAAGUCAUGGAGAGGCUGAGGAAGAAGCUGUCUGAGCAAGAGUCACUGCUGCUCUUAAUGUCCCCCAGCAUGGCCUUCAGGGUACACAGUCGCAAUGGUAAGAGUUACACAUUCCUGAUCUCCUCCGACUAUGAGCGAGCCGAGUGGCGAGAGAGCAUCCGGGAGCAGCAGAAGAAAUGUUUCAAAAGUUUCUCUCUGACGUCGGUGGAGCUGCAAAUGCUGACCAACUCAUGCGUGAAACUUCAGACUGUUCAUCACAUUCCACUGACCAUCAACAAAGAGGAUGAUGAGUCUCCUGGGCUCUACGGCUUCCUGAAUGUCAUCGUCCACUCAGCCACCGGGUUUAAGCAGAGUUCAAAUCUAUACUGCACCCUGGAGGUGGACUCCUUCGGGUAUUUUGUGAACAAAGCGAAGACCCGCGUCUACAGGGACACGACUGAGCCAAACUGGAACGAGGAGUUCGAGAUAGAGCUGGAAGGCUCCCAGACCCUGCGGAUACUGUGCUAUGAAAAGUGUUACAACAAGAUGAAGAUCACCAAGGAGGAUGGCGAGAGCACAGACAAGCUCAUGGGGAAAGGUCAGCUCCAGUUGGACCCCCAAACGCUACAGGACAGAGACUGGCAACGGACUGUCAUCGACAUGAAUGGGAUCGAAGUGAAACUUUCCGUCAAGUUCACGAGUAGGGAGUUCAGCUUGAAGAGAAUGCCUUCCCGCAAACAGACUGGGGUCUUCGGGGUCAAGAUUGCAGUGGUCACAAAGAGAGAGAGGUCCAAGGUACCCUACAUUGUACGCCAGUGUGUGGAAGAGAUUGAACGCCGGGGCAUGGAGGAAGUGGGCAUCUACCGAGUGUCUGGAGUGGCCACAGACAUCCAGGCACUGAAGGCAGCCUUUGAUGUCAAUAAUAAGGAUGUAUCCGUGAUGAUGAGCGAGAUGGACGUGAAUGCCAUUGCCGGCACGCUGAAGCUUUACUUCCGCGAGCUGCCCGAGCCCCUCUUCACUGAUGAGUUCUACCCCAACUUCGCAGAGGGCAUCGCUCUUUCAGACCCUGUUGCAAAAGAGAGCUGCAUGCUCAACUUGCUGCUGUCCCUCCCAGAGGCCAACCUAGUGACCUUCCUUUUCCUUCUGGACCACUUGAAAAGGGUGGCUGAAAAGGAGCCAGUGAACAAGAUGUCCCUGCAUAACCUCGCCACAGUCUUUGGCCCCACGCUGCUUCGACCUUCAGAGAAGGAAAGCAAGCUUCCUUCGAACCCCAACCAGCCCAUCACCAUGACUGACAGCUGGUCCCUGGAGGUCAUGUCCCAGGUCCAAGUGUUGCUGUACUUCCUGCAGCUGGAGGCCAUCCCUGCCCCGGACAGCAAGAGACAGAGCAUCCUGUUCUCCACCGAAGUCUAAAGGCCUGGCAUCAGUCGUCUCAUUAAGAGGCCCUCAGAAUGACCUGGAAACCUGUGACGAGAGAAUCCAUCCCCGGAGUGGGAACGGGACUCUUCUUGUGGUGUAAUUUAACCAUUCCCAAGCCCUGGGCCAUCUGUCAAGAGACAAGUACCCAAAGCUGAAGGCCCAAGGGGGCCUAUACAAACCAUGCAGGUGUGUCUGCAAGUCCCAGGCUGGCCCCAGACUGUACUCUUCCCUUGUUGCCGCCAGAGGGCACCCCAGGCCAGCCCAUCCGCCAGCCUGCAUACAAGGGAAAGGUGACGAAGAGAGUGGUUUUUACGAAUCUAAUUUAUCAUAAGAGUUUUAAGAAAAAAAAAAAAAAUCUCUACUGGAUCAUUUGUUCCGAUGCACCCUCUCUGGGGAAUGGGGACACCACCAGAUCCCUCACUCUUGUGUCUUGAAUAAACACUGCUGCUGCUUCAUAUUGUGGGGGCCACAGCCAUGUCCCUGUGUGGGUGGGGAUAUCUCCAUUUCCCUGACUUGGAGUUCCACUGUCUGUGUACCAGGGCUUGAGACGCCGAGCCAGCGCUGUAGCCUCUUGACUCCUUGCUGCUUGCUUUGUCCUCCUCCAAGGCUGUCUGUGCAGAAGUAGGUCAGGCUCCUGUUGGCUGAUACUCUUGUUUUUGCUAGCUGUGCAGUUCUCAGGAGUAUGCUCCAUCGCAGCCCAGAAGUGUCCGGGGACCAGACACAGGGGGAAAGGAGGUCCUGGCCAUGCACCUUACGGUUCCUUCUGCAGGGAGAGUGGCCGUGUCCACUGAUCCCCAUCGCCUACCUGGCACCUGUCUCCCUUUUGGCUGACAAAGGCUGUGACUUCUCUGGCCUGGCUCUGACUACUCUCUCUGUCCCUUGUUGUCCCACAUAAACAUCACGUGAUCCCAUCCUUUCCUUGCCCUCAACUGAGCAGACUCAGUUAACUUUUGUAGAGGUUUCUGCUCCGAAGCAGCAACUUGCUCUAGUGGCUUGUUUUAAAACUUUGAUCUGAACUAGCUUUUGAUACUUGAAUAUUUUUAAGUUUUAUACAUAGUUUCUAAUUUUUUUCCUAAUGGAUUCAGACACCUAAUAUAAGAUACUAGAAUGUACACCGUGAAAUGAACGGGCAGUGUCCCACACAGCAUUCUGUCUUCCUUCGAGAGCCAGCUUUCUUUUUGCUUGGAGUCAUUUCUGAUGUCUCUGGGACAUCAGAAACAUGGGAAGAAGGUAAGGAAAGUCAGACCUGGGGUGGGAGCAGACACCCCAAAGCAGAUUGGAAGCCAACCCACCUUCCGAGAACAUCUGGGAAAAAUAAAGCCUGUAUUCGGGCGAGAGUUGGGAUAGUCUCUUCCUGACCACCCUAGAGAGUAAAAAGAGAAAGGAGAUACCACCAAUUAUUUUCAAGGAAGAAAUCCACAAAUCCUUGCAUCGAUUUUAAAAAGGUCUUAGAAUCCUACACUUGGGAGGCUGGGGCAGAAUUGCCGUGAGUUCAAGACCAGCCGUUGGCAGCAUAGAGCUUAUUGGUCCAGCCAAGGCUCCAAUGCAGGGCUUUGGGACAGGAGUGUGGAGUAGACAGGGAGAGAAGAAAGACUGUAGACUUGAAUCCCAAACUGCUCCUGCAGUAGGGCAUGACUUGGGGGGUAUAGAUUGCUUGUCACAGAGGACUCUUGCACCUGGUCACAUACCCCACGGUCCCUCCCACGUGUGGAAGGUGGUGGGUAUGUCCACGUACAGCAUCUGCCAACUCCACAACCCAUGGGGAUUCCCAAGAGGCAGGGCCAUGUAUUCCCCUACCGUCUGCUCUUGAACCUGCUCAAUGUAUUGGGCAGGAAACAAAAGGCCCUGCAGGGUCUCCGUCUGCAUACAGUAUUUGUUUAGUUGGCCUUUUUUUUUUUUCUCAGCAGAGCCACCCUUUGGUCUGCCCUUGAGCAUUUUUGAACCCAGUGGGCUCCUCCAUCACAGUCCAUCUCAGUGGCGCUGACCACUGAGAUGGGAACCCUGCUGAGAAAAGCCAAACCCAGCUGUUGCUUCUGCUCCCUCUGUUGUCUCUUGAUUUGCCUCUGUCACCUUGAACUGGAAAGCAAUAUAGCAACGUGCCAAUUUGCGUUCCCUCGGCCUCUCCUUCCUCCGUUGCUCUUUAUUUAUAGAGGUGUUGUUUGAUGAUGGAAUGGUCACUCUUGCAUUGUUCUAAAAGUGUUCCUCCGCCAUCCGGCCAUGAUGGCACUGGCUGGGGUUGUCUCUGUUAACUGUCUCACACCCUGCAGGCCUGUAGGCUGGCAAAGCCACGGUGGGGCAUGGAAAAGGCAUGGUGUUCUGCAGGAGCGGGAUAACCUGGCUUUCCCUCUGCAGAGAGAGUGAUGGCCCAGAGUCCAUCAUGACUGUGCACCAAGCACGGCUGCCAGACUCUAAAGGAAGAAAUGCUACUUUCUUACCUUGGAACCUGGGUCCGGGGUACAGUGGGCGUGGCUUCAUGGUGGUAACCUGGCCUCCCCAGCGGGUGGAUGGUUUCUUAGCUGCAAUCUUGCUUUUUUGAGCUCAGCUGUCUGUACUACCCCUGUGCCGGAAGGACCCACGGACACUCUCAUUAAAGUCUCCUG